AUGUCUACCUUAUCUCAAAAUUUAAGAAAUCCAUCAUAUGCAGCCCAUGAACAACAAUCCUUAUUAGAUAAUGAUAUCAUCAGUUCAUUCCCAGCAAGACGUGCUUCAUUGGCAACUUUGAAGAGAAUUAGAUCCCAUAGCACCAUUAAACAUGUUAUUAGCACUGGGUUUGUUCCAGAAGUGGAAACUUCAUUAGGUACUGAAAUUAAAAUCCUGGGAAAAUAUUCAAUCCCAUUAAUCAUUACUUUCCUUUUACAAUAUUCUUUGAAUGUUGCUUCAGUUUUCAGUGUUGGUCGUAUUGGUAAGACUGAAUUGGCUGCUGUUUCAUUGGCAGGUAUGACUGCUAACAUUACAGGGUAUUGUUUAUUUCAAGGUACUUCAACCUCAUUAGAUACCUUAUGUGCCCAAGCGUUUGGUCGUAAAGAUUAUAGAUUAGUUGGGUUACAUUUCUUGAGAUGUACAAUCUUUUUGUUAUUAUUAUUCAUUCCUGUUGCGUUCAUUUGGGUCUUCUUAUCAAAACCUAUCUUGACUUUAUUAGUUGAUGAUUUGGAAUUGAUUGAUUUAGCUUCAACUUAUCUAGGUAUUUUAUCUAUUGGGUUACCAGGUUUUAUCUUAUUUGAAAAUGGUAAACAUUACUUACAAAGUCAAAACAUUUUCCAUGCAUCAACUUAUGUUAUCUUGAUUGCUGCCCCAUUCAAUGCAGUUUUAAAUUAUUUAUUAGUUUGGGAUGAUCAUAUUGGGUUAGGUUUUGUUGGUGCACCAAUUGCAAUUGUCAUUACAAAUUAUUUAAUGGCCAUUCUGUUAUUCAUCUAUUGUUAUUAUAUUGACGGAUAUCAAUGUUGGUGUGGGUUCACUAAAGAUGGUUUCAAAAACUGGAACAGAAUGUUGUCAUUAUCAUAUAAUGGAUGUAUUGGUGUCCUUAGUGAAUGGUUAGCAUUUGAAAUCAUUACAUUAUCAGCAGCAAGAUUCGGUACAGUUGUUUUAGCAUCUCAAAGUGUCAUUGCCACGAUUUGUGUCUUGUUGUAUCAAAUCCCAUUUGCAAUUUCCAUUGCAGCAUCAACAAGAAUUGCCAAUUUCAUUGGUGCAGCUUCUAAAAAAUCGUUAAUCGUGGCCACAAAUGCAGCAUUAUUAACAUCUAUUGUCUUUGGGUUUUUAAAUGGUGGUGUUUUAACCAUUUUCAGAGUUCAAGUCGUGGAAUUAUUUAGUUCAGAUCCUGAAGUUAUUAGCCUUGCCUCGAAAAUCAUCCCAUUAGGAGCCGCUUACCAAGUCAAUGAUUCAUUAGCUGCAGUGAGUGGUGGUAUUCUUAGAGGUCAAGGUCGUCAAAGAUUAGCAGCCUACUUGAGUUUGAUUGCUUACUAUUUGAUUGCCUUACCUAUUGGGUUCAGUUUAGCGUUUGGGUUAGAUAUGAAAUUGUAUGGGUUAUGGUGUGGGUUAUGUAUUGCGUUAUUCCUUGUUUCAAUCUUGCAAACAUGGUCAGUUGUUAAAUCUGAUUGGGAUGAGAUCAUUGAAGAGAGUAUUCAAGAAGCUUUACAUGAUGCUAAUUAUAUCAAUAGUGAGAUUAAUGAAGUUAGAUCCAUCAUUUCUCAUAGUAUCCAUGAUAUUUCUGAAGAGGCUUGA